GACGAACUCUCCUUUUUAGUACUUCAUCCUCCUCCCUGCUUCACGCCUUUUUCCACUUGCAUAAUCGACCAACACCCAAAAAAAAGAAGUAGAAGGAAACAAGAUGUCUGGCAGUAGCAACGAAAGAGGCAAGGAGCUAAUGGGGGAAGGAUCCAGCGACCCACACCACCAACAUCAUCACUACGAGCAGCAGCAGCAGGCUGCCACUCCGAGCCGGUACGAGUCGCAGAAGAGAAGGGACUGGAACACGUUCGGGCAGUACCUGAAGAACCAGAGGCCGCCCGUGCCGCUGUCCCACUGCAACUGCAACCACGUCAUCGACUUCCUGCGGUACCUGGACCAGUUCGGGAAGACCAAAGUCCACAUCCAGGGCUGCAUGUUCUACGGCCAGCCCGAGCCCCCGGCCCCGUGCACCUGCCCGCUGAGGCAGGCCUGGGGGAGCCUCGACGCGCUCAUUGGCAGGCUCCGGGCAGCCUACGAGGAGAACGGAGGCUCCCCCGAGACCAACCCUUUCGCCAGCGGGGCCAUCCGGGUCUACCUCCGCGAGGUCAGGGACUGCCAGUCCAAGGCCAGGGGGAUUCCUCACAAGAAGAAGAAGAAGAAGCAGCAGAAGCCGUCUGGCGAUCACUCUUCUUCUGCCCCUCCCUUGCACUACUCCUGAAUCUGCCACCUACCCAGCUACCUCCUCAUCAUAUUAUGAGAUGGUAUACAUAUCGCUGUGAAUCAAAAUGGGAGGGCGGUGAUACGUUCUCCUGGUGUUGCUGCCCCUACGCACGCUUUCCUCUUCUUCUUAUGGCAACGCCGAGAUAUGAAUGAUCAAGGAAGACAGCAUAUUGCCUAAAUAAAGACAAUGUCUCUUCUGGCAUGCCUAGCUGGAGUUGUAGCUUUUCAGUUUGAUUUGCAGCUGCUCAGAACCACGAUUCAUCUGAUUUGGUGAUCCUUCUGUCAGUUUAUUGUUAUAGCUGUUUGAAAUAUAUAUAUGUGGAAAGAAUCUGGAAGUUCCUUAAAUGGAGGUACGAUCAGUACAGAUCUAUCGUGCAUGGCAACUUUUAUCGAUCUGAUAUUCAGCUCAUAAAUAUAUAGCUUUUCUAGGAGCUAAGUUUUAAUCUCUG